AUGUCCACCCCCAUCCCCACACCAGCAACACCCUCCUACCCCUCCGCAUCACUAACUGCCCUCUCCCUCUCCUCUCAAAAGGACACAUCCAAAGUCCUCGUCCGUUUCAAAGCAAUCGGCUCUGCCCCCAUCAUGAAGAAUCGAGACUUCAGGAUAACCGCAUUCAAUCGUUUUCAGGCGGUUGUGGUGUUCCUACAGAAGGAGCUCGCCGCGAGUGGCGGCAAUGGUGGUGCGAUGGGAACGGGUGGGGUGGGGGGUGGAUUGUUUCUCUACAUUAACAACUCCUUUUCGCCUUCCCCGGAUGACACCGUGGGGAAUCUCUUUCGAUGCUUUGGUACGGAUGGCCACUUGAUCGUCAACUACUCAACUACGCCCGCCUUCGGAUGA